AGAGGAAAGACCAGGCAGGACUGCCCUGGGUAGCCAGGCACAGUAGAUUUCCUUUUCUCUUGCCCAGCUUUUGACUCAGGGCAAGGUAUUACCCCAGAUCCUUGCUUCCCACGCCUGCUCCAUUACUCCCCCCACCCCACCUGCUGUCUUUCCCCUUGGCCUCGGUGAGCCCACUUUUCCCAGCCUCCUCCCAGGCUGCCUGCUCCCUAGUGAUGUGCUAAGCUUUCCAUUUCCUCUCCGCCUGUUACACAGGGCGGUUGGUGGAGCUGGUGAGAGGCAGCUCUCGCUCUCUCUCCAUUUUCACACAGCCCCUCACCCCCUUUGCUGUCUUUCUCCAUCUCUCUCUUGCUGGACUUGGCUUUAUUUGGCGCUCCCGGAAGCUGCGGUGCGUGUCUGUCUGCCGGCCUGACUGACACCAGCUCCCACGGAGAAGAGGAGGCGGCAGCGGCCAGGGAUUUUCCCCGCAGCGAGGACGCGAGCAGGGGGCUCCUCCAGCCAGAAUGGCGGAGACACAGGUGUUGAUGGAGAGGCUGGAAAAAGCUGUAAUUCGACUUGAAUCAUUGUUUUCAGAUUCACACAGAUCCACUGGAAUGGAGUGUGGAGCUGUAAACGGAGUCAAUGGAGGUGUAGCACCGUACGUAGAAGCCUUUGACAGACUGUUAAAUGGGAGUGUGGCUGAGUUUCUCAGGAAUAGCAAGAUCCUUGAAGGUGAUGUGAAGAUACAUGCAGAAAUGGUACGUGCUGCUUUCCAAGCACAGAGAGCCUUCCUGUUGUUAGUGUCUCAAUAUCAAGAACCUCAAGAGAGUGAGAUGGCCGUGCUGCUCAAACCAAUAUCUGACAAGAUCCAGGAAAUCCAGACCUUCAGAGAGAGAAACCGAGGAAGUAAAAUGUUCAACCACCUCUCAGCUGUCAGCGAAAGCAUUCCUGCACUUGGGUGGAUAACAGUGUCUCCUAAACCAGGCCCUUAUGUCAAGGAGAUGAAUGAUGCUGCUACCUUUUAUACUAACAGGGUGUUAAAGGACUACAAAAACAGUGACUUACAUCAUGUUGAUUGGGUGAAAUCAUACUUGAACAUCUGGACUGAGCUUCAAGCUUAUAUCAAAGAGCAUCAUACCACAGGCCUCACCUGGAGUAAAACCGGUCCAACUGCAUCAACAGGAUCUGUGUUGUCCACUCUAACAAGUGGGCAGUGCCUCCCACCACCCCCACCUCCACCGCUGCCCCCAGGACCUCCUCCUGUCUUCGAUACAGACAGUGGAAAGGAUGAAGCAACCACGUCUCGCUCAGCCUUGUUUGCCCAGCUUAACCAGGGAGAGGCAAUUACCAAAGGGCUACGACAUGUCUCAGAUGACCUGAAGACCCAUAAGAAUCCCAAUCUACGUGCUCAGGGUCCGCCAGUUCGUUCUCCUACAAAAAGCCAUACUCCAAGCCCCACUUCUCCCAAAAAUUCUCCUCAGCAGAUCCAUUCUCCUUUGUUAGAACUAGAGGGAAAGAAAUGGAGAGUGGAAUACCAAGAGGAUAAGAACGACCUUGUUAUUACUGAUACUGAACUCAAACAAGUGGCUUACAUUUUUAAAUGCAACAAAUCUACACUACAAAUGAAAGGAAAAAUAAAUUCCAUUACAAUUGACAACUGCAGAAAGUUUGGCCUUGUGUUUGACAACGUCGUGGGUAUCGUGGAAGUGAUCAAUUCCAGGGAUAUUCAGAUUCAGGUAAUGGGGAAAGUGCCAACCAUUUCAAUUAACAAGACAGAAGGCUGCCACAUAUACCUCAGUGAAGAUUCAUUAGACUGUGAGAUUGUGAGUGCCAAGUCAUCUGAAAUGAACAUUCUCAUCCCCCUAAAUGGAGAUUAUAAAGAAUUUCCUGUUCCUGAACAGUUCAAGACAGCAUGGGAUGGAUCUAAGUUGGUCACUGAACCUGCAGAGAUUGUAGGUUAACUUCCUAAUGCCAUACAGCACCUGCUGACCACGAUCUCAGACCAAGGUCAGCCUAAAUAAAACAGCAACAUAGAGAACUAGAAGUAACAGUAGCUCAUACUGCUGCAGUAGGUCUUCAAACAGCAGCUCUGUACAUUAGAAACAAUGACAUGUCUGGCACGCUUUUAUUAGGCAUUCUGUUAUUUUUAAAGUUUCCACACAGUUUGCCUUCAUUUACGGUUUUAAUUCUACAUGAUGUCAUGUGAACGUAAGGGAUUUAAAAAAAAAAUACUCCAUUUGCGUUAUUGGCUAUUACACUGCACACAACAAGCCAAAAAUAUUGCAUGAUAUACUUUGUUACAAUCAUGUUUCAGUGCAUUCCUUUUUACGUUUCUGCUAAUCAAAAAUAAUCUUAAAACCGUUAAGAUGUUUAUUUUACCUUUUAGACAAUUCAUGUAUGAUGUGGUGAACAUGUACCCCUAGGAAGUGUGUGGUUCUUGUAGAUCUGUUCUAAUCAUCAUGAGGGGUUUUAAGAUGCAAAAGUACAAUUUUUCAGCAAUACAUUUUGCCAGUGGACUAUAAAAACAGGAUAUUUUAAUCAAACAUUUUUCUAAUAUGUAUAUGUAGAGUAUCCCUCAGCUUUCAGUUUACACAGACAUGUUGUAUCCCUUUUGGUUGUAAAUUAUUAAUCCUAAUAUCUUCUAGAAAACAUUACUUAAUGUUCAGCAUAUCAUCUGA